AGAGAGCUGUGGUGGUGUUGGACCGGACGACAUGAGCUCUACAUGAACCCAGUAAAAUGCUUUAAGACGCUUUCGGCGUUUGUCUUACACCGCGUGAACCGAGCACGAGCCUGAAGCGGAGCUGUUCUUCACCACCAGGUGUACCACUGUCUUUAGCCUGAGGGGGGCAGCAGAAUGCCGGAGCAGAGCAACGACUACCGUGUGGUGGUGUUCGGGGCGGGCGGCGUGGGGAAGAGCUCCCUGGUCCUGCGCUUCGUGAAGGGGACCUUCAGGGACACCUACAUCCCCACGGUGGAGGACACCUACCGCCAGGUGAUCAGCUGUGAUAAGAGCGUGUGCACGCUGCAGAUCACCGACACCACGGGGAGCCACCAGUUCCCCGCCAUGCAGCGCCUGUCCAUCUCCAAAGGCCACGCCUUCAUCCUGGUCUACUCCAUCACCAGCAAACAGUCCCUGGAGGAGCUCAAACCCAUCUACCAGCAGGUCUUGGCUAUAAAAGGCAACGUGGAGGCCAUCCCCAUCAUGCUGGUGGGCAACAAGAGCGACGAGACCCAGCGGGAGGUGGAGACCAAGGACGGCGAGGCCCAGGCCAACCAGUGGAAGUGCGCCUUCAUGGAGACGUCGGCCAAGACCAACCACAACGUGACGGAGCUCUUCCAGGAGCUCCUCAACCUGGACAAGAAGAGGAACAUGAGCCUCAACAUCGACGGCAAGCGCUCAGGGAAGCAGUCCCGCGCCGAGAGACUGAAGGGGAAAUGCAGCGUGAUGUAAACCAUAAAGAGGAGGAGAGAGGGAGGAGGAGAGAGAGAGAAGAGGGAAGAAAUACGAGGAGGAAAUCAUGGAGGAAAUGGCGGGAAAAAAGAGAGAGGAGGGACUCAGUGGCGGUUCUAGUUUUACUGUUUGGGCCAGUGUUUAAUCAGAGGGGCACGUUAGCGCGUUAAAACAUGGCAAAGAUGAUAUUUAAGCAUUCAAAACCUUUAUUUUAGCUCAUUUAAACAUCUCAUUUAAGUAUAUUUGGAAGAUACAAAUACAUUGAUUUAAACAGUAAACAGUUUUUUUUGUACGACAAUGACAUUUCUCAUUUUUGUGCACAAUCAUUUUUUUUAUUUUGAAAGUGCAGUACAGUCAGAAUGGUCUUUAUUUAUAUUUUAAUUGUGCAAUAAUUUAUUGCACAAUUAAACUAUUAUAUUUUUUUGUAUGAUAAAUGACAUUUCUCAUUUUUGUGCACAAUCAUUUUUUUUUAUUUUGAAAGUGCAGUACAGUCAGAAUGAUCUUUAUUUAUAUAUAUAUACACACACAAUAUUUUAUUGCACAAUUAAACUAUUAUACAAUGUACACAUUCUGGGUUCCUUUUGUGUACAAUGAGAUACUGGGUAACACUUUACAAUAACCAUCAUUUAUAAAUGGUAAACAGAUAUUACCAGAUUUAAUAAUGUUUAAUCAUCAUUUAUAAACCGUAUAUAGCCCAUUUAGAAUGGUAAAUACAUAAUUGUAUUAAUGUUUAACUAACUAAAUCAUUUAAAAUGGCUAAUAGAUGGUAUAUUAAUGUAAGUUUAUAGUUACUUUACCAUUAACAAACAAUUACUUUUUAAUCAAUAGUUUAUUAUUAUUCAUAUACCUUUAACAAAUUGGUUAAAAACAUUUAAAUAUGUAUAGCACUUUGUAAAUGGUUAAUAACUGGUUUAUAAACCAUCUAUAAACAUCAUUUAGUUGGUUAUUAUAAAGUGUCACCAGAUAUUGUUUGAACAAGAAAAAAAGGUUAGAAUUGUUCCAUUGUUCAUCGUUAUAAAUGGAUCAUUUUAUUAUUAAUUAGACACUAUAGGGGCCACAGCAGGGGCCAAAGGCUUUUUCACAGGGGCAGUGGCCCCUGGAGGCCCCUGGAGGCCCCCUGGAGGCCCCUGGAGGCCCCUGGAGGCCCCUGGGUAGAACCGCCACUGGAGGGACUCACUUAAAACGUGUGGAAGGUAAACGGAGAUCUCAUCAUCCACAUCUCCUCCGUUUGACUGGUGCAUCAAACACAACUCAGCUCUUAUUUUGUAAACAUGCAGGAUUUCAGUUGGGAGCUUUACAUCCAUGUGCAUUCUGCUGAAAUCAAAAGGAGAGAGGAAGAGGAAGAGGAAGAGGAAGAGGAGGGACGCAGAAUAUCAGAAAAAAAGGCAAAUUAAAAGCGAGUCGCCGAUGGUUCAGCUGUAAACGCCGAUGGUUCAGCUGUAAACGCCGAUGGUUCAGCUGUAAACGCCGAUGGUCGUCGUGGAUUUCUGCAUCAUCGAGACGUUGGACUGCAAUAAAACCACAGAGCAGCACCAAAAGACUUUCUGAUCCACAAGAUUUAAAAAAUUCAGUGUCCUCUCUCACUUCUUCAUCCCCAGCAUCCUCAUCCUCCACAUAACCCGACCCACACUAUAACAAAUAGAGAGAAAUGUGGUAACACUUUACAAUAACCAUCUAAGAGAUGGUUUAUAAACCAAUUAUUAACCAUUUACAAAAUUCUAAUCUUUAAAUGUUUUCAAACAAUCUCUUUAAAGGUAUAACAAUCAUUUUUGAAAUAAUUUACAUACUUAAUAUGGUGUUAAAAAUGUUAUAAUGAGUGCAAAACUAUUAAUAAACUAAUAAUUAUAAUGUAAUUGUUAAAAGUAACUAUCAACUUACAUUAAUAUACCAUUUAUUUGGCAUUUAUAAAUUAUAGUUCAACAUUAAGAAAUGUUCUAUUUAUUCUAAAUGGCCUAUAUAUGGUUUAUAAAUGAUGAUUAAACAUUAAUAAACUAUCUGUUUACCAUUUAUAAAUGAUGGUUAUUGUAAAGUGUUACCAGAAAUGUAUCUGUAACAGAGUCAACAAAGUUAGUUAAGAUCACUCAUCUGGUAGAAAAACUAUUUUAACCCUUGAUAUUCAUUGAAAUACUUGCAAAUUCCAAAUUUCAACCCUAGAGAAUAUUGGGGGAUAUUACAUACAGCCAGAAUGUGUCAAAAAAACAACAACAUAUGCACCCGGGGGAGGGGGGUAAUAUUUUGAGAUUUUGAGAAAAAAGUUUACGAGAUUAAGGUGUCAAAUCUACGAGAAAAAAUGUGCAGAUUUAUGAGAUUUAAAGUGGUGAAUCUGCAAGAAAAAAGUAGUUUUUUUCCCACUUUUGUCUCAUAAAUCUGCAACUUUUCUCGAGCAGAUUUGCCACUUUAAAUCUCUUAAAUCUGCACAUUUUCUUCUUAUAGUUUUGCCACUUUAAUCUAGUAAAUUUGCAACUCUGAGGACGCUGAUGUAUAUAAACUUGGGGUAUUUAAAUAUAUUCCGUCCCUCGCCCAAACUAGUCCGCAAAUCUGAGGUGAAGUUUGUAAAUCUCCUCAUCUCCUCGCCCUCGUCGUCCCUCCUGACGGAUGAAAACAGACUUUACCUACUUUACCUUUUUUCUCCAGCUGUCAUUAAGUUUAAAAGAAAAAACUCAUCUCUGAACUCUUUAAAUGUCCUCAUGUGAAGUGGAGAAGGCAUGCACACACCACGCAACAAUCCUUUUAAGACUCUCAUGUAGUUCAGAGGAACUCUGGAUGAAAAGAAGCUGGACUCAUCAAACACAGGAAACAGAAAAUACAAGUCUGCCUUGUCUACGAGGACGAUACACUCGGAUAAUCAUUGCCAAGCCGUAAGUAAGAAAGAGGAAAAAGGGAUGAUUUUCGGUUCUGAAAUCAAGAAUGUCAGUUUGCUUUGGCACUUUUUCAUGUGAAGGUUUCUCUUCUUUUUGCCUUUUUUUCUUGUUCGGUUGCUAUACAAUGCUCUUUAAAUUCAUGUAAGUAGUAAAAAAAAAAAAAAACUUUAAAAAAGUCCUUAAACAAAAAGCACACAGAGAAAAAAAAUGAAUAAAUAAAUAAGGGAUGUAACAUUUGCUCCGUGCAGAUUAUUCAGUGCGACCUGAAUAUCGCUACAUUCUGUUUCCUCUUUGGUUUGCUUUGGCCACAUUACCUCUCAUACACUCGUACGGGCAUCAGUGAACAGGAAACAGAAUGGGGUCACACACACACACACACAUAUAUAUAUAUAUAUAAUACAAUACAGGCAAAAAGUUUAGAAGCAAGGACAAUACAGGCCAAAAAUCUUCAAUUUUCUGUUCACAAUGACUUUUUUUAAAAAACAGUAUGAAUUCUUUGGAUUUUUAGAUGUAUUUACUGCAUGAUCCGACUAGUUUCAUUGAAUUGAAUUGAAUAAAUGUGAACAAAAAAGAAGAAGGGCUCAGUUUUAGGGUUAAAAAGAUUUGCAAGAGUCACAACUUCAGUGCAAAAGUAACAAAAAACUACAAAUUAAAUGAACAAACUUAAAAAGUUUGCAUUAUUCACUUUAGCUCUUUGGCUUUUGAGAGUUUGCAGAAAAAAAAAAUAUAUAUAUUGUAUACGCCGUGCUGUUGUUAAAGCCAGAAGAAGAAAGCAAAGUCCAAGAUAGAAAAAACCCAAAACCCCGAAAAUUAUAGUUUUAAAGUGACUUUUUAUAUAAUAAUCACAUUAAUUUUGUUGCAAAGUAUACCAAUGAAACUUUGAUCUUUUUUUGCACAAAUCUGAUCUUGCUUCCAAACUUUUGGCCUCUAGUGCACACACACACACACACACACACACACACACACACACACACACACUUACAGCAUGCGCACAAAUGCAUCCAUGCAAGUGUCGAAAAAAAUCGUCUGAGUUUCUGUCGACUGAUCCAUGAAGACAAACAGGGCUCGCUCAGCCUCAAUGCCCUCACAUUGCACUUUAUAUCAUAAACACACACACACCUGCACACACACACAACUGUAAUUUGUCAUGUUUCUGCCUACGUUAUGUAUUUAUAAUCUCCGCUUAACACUAAAUAUCCUCCUGGAGCCGUUAAACAGCUCCACUGUAUGUCCAAAGUGCAUGUAAACGCCCUUUUUUUUGUCACGCGGGAGCUCUGAAUCUGUACGCGAAGUACACAGGACAGCCAAAAGCACAAUACUUUUUUA